GUCGCGCGGAUGACGUAGUGAACAGCGCCGGUAAAUUUGUGUUACUAGUGUCCAAAGCCUCAUUAAAGCCAGAUAAAAAAAAUGUGUUAAUGUGACGAAAAUGGUUGGGUGGACGAAUGCAGAAACGUUUCAAUUCAUUGAAAUGUACCAAAACGAGCCAUGCAUUUGGAAUCCCAAACAUAAACACCACAAGGAUAAAAUAAAGGUUUAUGAUGCAUGGCUCCGCAUUGCAAAUGCUAUGGGAGUACCUGACGUGGCUGACGUAAAAAAGAAAAAGGAAACUAUCUUGGCAGCUUUUCGAUUAAACCACAAGAAAGUCAUUGCAACUCGCAAAUCUGGCGAAGAAAUAUUCAAACCCUCAUGGGUCUUUUACGAUGCUGUAGCGACUUUUAUGGUUGAUGUAUACGAGUCCAAGUCCACACUUACGUCAGAAGAACAUACUGAACCUAAUGGCAAUAGCGAAGGCGACGGCGAUACAACAAUAAGGGCUUUGCACAAACGGUCCAAUAGAUUUAUCAACGAUAUUCUUAAAAAGUCUUCUAGCCCUGUACGAAAAUACUCUUCAGGAACUCCAGAAAAGCGCAAACAUUCAGAAACUCCUAUUAGCAAGUUCAGUAAAAUACGAAGUCACGAUGAGAGAAAUAAUACUGACACCACCCUUAAACAAACAGACGAAUUUCAGAUAUAUGGGUUGUAUGUUGCUAGCCAGUUGAAGUCGCUUUCCGAGAAGCAAAGCCUUAUAGCCAGAGAAAAAAUCCAGUCAAUAUUAACUCAAUGCAGAUUGCAAGAUUUAAGGAAGAGAAAAAAAAUACUAUCAAGUAAAAAUGCAAGUAGCUUUCACUCAGAGGAUGAAAUAAAAAACGUACAGUUUGUUUUAUGUGAAGAGAGUAAUAAUGAUAAAUACAAAAGUAAAAUUUCAUCGUCAAAUCUAAAUUCUGCAAAUCAUUUAGACUCUGAUACUGAUACACUAGAAGAAAACUUUAUAAUGCAUGUUGAAAAUAUAAAGGGCGAAGAAAACGAUAACCAAGACACUGACAGUGACGAAUAAAGAAGUGACAAAGCAGAUAACAAAUUUCCGUUUGGCCCUGAGAUUCAAGGGACCUAUCUGUAGGUAUGUAUGCCUACUAAUAUGUACCGUAGCUAAUUGUCUGGUGUCUUGAUCACUUUUGCCGCUGACUCAAACACUGACUGUACAAAAUGUUCCAGUUUUGAUUAACAACAAUAAUGAUUUGUUAUCGAGUACUUUCAUAAUUUUGUUAUAAAGAAUAAAAACC